AUCAAAAUGGGUAUAUUUCUCUCGCGACUCUGGUCCACAUUUGAGGACCUGGUCGGAAACGGAGAUCCCUGGAAUAUCCUUAUGUUGGGGCUUGACAACGCUGGUAAAACAACAAUUGUCUACAAGCUGAAACUCAACGAGAACAUCGCCACAAUCCCUACAAUCGGCUUUAACGUGGAGACAGUUACCCCGUGCAAGGGUGUCACCUUCACUAUUUGGGACGUGGGAGGUCAGGAGGCUAUCAGGCGCUUGUGGAGACACUACUACUCUACCUGCAAGGGCCUUGUCUUCGUCGUGGACAGCAAUGAUCCCUCCCGCUUUGUGGAAGCUGCUGAUGAAUUGAGAGGUAUCAUUGAAUCUCCAGAGAUGCCCAAAGGAGUUCCAAUCCUGGUUCUGGCCAACAAACAAGACCUCCCUCAAGCUUCCCGACCCUCAGCGAUUGCAGACAAAUUGCAGCUUCAUUCAUACAGGUCGAACAAGUGGUUUGUUCAAGGUUGCACAGCGUGCUCCGGCGACGGACUACAGGAAGGCCUCGAGGUCAUGGCCCAAAACUUGAGGGAGUACAAGAGAAACAUGGGUAACAGUACUUUCUAGAGUCUAGCUGCUAUAAUGACUACAGACUAGUGACAAGGGGCGACAUUGUUCGCGAUUUAAGGUUAAACAAUCAAGAGGACUAUCCAAGCUUAACUAGGUAAUAUGAUACCUGGUAUUAGCAUUUAUUGAGAUGCUGAUUGAGAAUUAUGUUGGACUGAAUUGUUGAAUGACAAAGCUGUUUUAAAAUUCUUUGCUUUUAUUAAAGCAUUAUUAUGAAUUAGAUUUAGAAUGAGCUUUACUAUGUGUAAUAUAAAAUUGUUGAAAUGUAAUUGUAAUUUGUAGACAACUAAAAAGCAUGCAAUUGAUACAAUUUUAAAGUUUAAAACUAGAAUCCCGACGGGAUUCUAGUCUAUGCCUGAUUUUAGUAAUAGUAACUACGUUAACGAACCAUAUAUAUGAUAUAUUUAUGUAAAUAUUAUCAGAAAUUUUUACGGUUUGUCAAACUUUAUGCUAGCAAUUUAUUUCAUUGCAAUGCAGAAGUAACUCUACCUUAGAGUGAAUUGAUUAAAAUGAUUUUGAAUUUUAUAAUUAGUAAUUGUAGUUACAUGUGUUUUUU